UAUAAAUAGAGGAAGCACCUAUCAGAAAUUAAGCAAGGUGAGAUAAUUAAUUUCCUAAUUACUUAUAUCAAAUCUUAUUAAUUUAUAAACAAAUCAUCACCAUGUCCACUGCAUUGUCCUAUAAUGUACCAAUCAGUGGCACUACGACCCAAAAGAAUGAUACCUCCCAACAACAGAAAUCUCAGCUCCCUAAUCCCUUUAAGCUUGAGGAUAUUGAAAUCCUUAACAAAGUUUAUCUCACCCAUGUCAAUGAUAAUAUGAAAUAUGAUAGGGAUACCCUUUUCAACCUUGUCUCCAACAUCAUCUCUGCAUCAACUCAGACUUCUGGAACUAAUUCUGGACUUAACACUCAGAUUUCUUUCAAACCAGACUUCUCUGUCCUGAAGAGGAUUUCUUGUCAGAUGAUAACGACGCGUGGCACAGCAGAAUGUGCACACCAGACAACAAUGUGGGUUCUCCAUCACCUCAGAGGCUUCUCUUGGGAAGCAAAAGCAUUGAUAACUCUAGCUGCAUUCUCUUUGGAGUAUGGUGCAAUUAUGCAUCUUCAUAGGAUUCAAUCAUCAGACACACUUGGAAACUCAUUGAAGCAACUUAGCCAAGUUCAAUUCAGAAAGGUUCCUGCCGAUAUAACUGAACUUGUCACAUUCUUAUUGCAAGUGUUACAAGACAUUAAAACUUGGGCAGCAUGGUCUGCUUUCGGUUAUGACUUGGACGAUGUUAAUUCUUUGCCUGAUGCUAUGCAAUGGAUUCCUCUUGUUGUGUAUUGGACAGUUGCUACCAUUGUUGCUUGUACUGGUAACCUCGUCGGUAUCUCGGAGCAUAAAUUAUCAGAUUAUGUAAAAAGUCUCUCUGAUGUGGUUAAGGAGUUGAGGCGUCAUUUGAAAAGUUGUGAACUGGAAAUUGGGAAGAUACAUGAAAAUGAAAAUCUUUUGAAAGAUUCUGAUAAUAUUAAAGAUGUUGUUGCUUUCUUGAGGCUUCUGAUCAAAGGCAAUGGAACUGAUCAAAUACCACCAAUAUUUAUAGGCAACGACCAAGUUAAAACGGGUAUUGAAGUUUUCAAGAAGAAGCAUGUGUUGCUGUUCGUUUCGGGAUUAGACACCCUUCGAGAUGAGAUUUUGCUGUUAAAUUCAAUCUAUAAAAGAUUGCAGGACAAACCACAAGAAGUGUUAAAAGGAAGUUUCAAGAAAGAGGAUUUCAAGAUUUUGUGGAUUCCCAUUGUGAAUAAAUGGGAUGAAGACCGAAAGAAAGAGUUUAAAAAUUUGAAAGAAAGCAUGAAAUGGUAUGUGUUGGAACACUUCUCUGAGCUACCAGGGCGUGGGAUAAUAAAGAAAAAACUGAAUUAUGAUAUUGGUUACCCGCCUAUUUUGGCAGUGAUCAACCCUCAAGGUGAUAUAAUAAAUAAGGAUGCAAUGGAAAUUAUCUUCCAAUGGGGAAUCGAUGCUUUUCCUUUUAGGAUAAGUGAUGCUGAAGAUAUCUUCAAGAAAUGGGAAUGGUUUUGGAAGUUAAUGAAGAAAGUAGAUGUCAAUAUUGAGAAAAUGAGCUGGGAUAGAUACAUAUUCAUCUAUGGAGGCAAUGACCCAAAGUGGAUCCAAGACUUCACAAGAGCAAUUGGAAGCAUUAAAAAACAUCAAACCAUACAAAAUGUGGACGUUAACAUUGAUUACCACCAACUAGGAAAAAACAACCCAACAGAGAUUCCAUACUUUUGGAUGGGUAUAGAUGGAAGAAAACAACAAAACAAAACAUGCAAAGACAGCGUAGACUGUGAGAUACAAACAGCUGUAAAAAAGUUGCUAUGUCUCAAACAAGACCCAUUAGGAUGGGUUCUUCUAAGUAGAGGGCGUCAUGUUACAGUUUUUGGUCAUGGUGAACCUAUGUAUCAAACUGUUGCUGAUUUUGAUAAGUGGAAAAAUAAUGUGGUUGAGAAAGAAAGCUUUGAUGAAGCUUUUAAGGAAUAUUAUGAUACUAAGCUUUCAGAGAUUUCUUCCAGUGCUUCAUGUGCUGUUAAUUCUUCAGAUGUUCUUGCUACUAUAACUUGUCCAAAUCCUUUUUGUGGACGUGUGAUGGAGGUGACUUCUGUUAAUUACAAGUGUUGCCAUCGUGAUGAUCCAGAUAGUUGCUGCAUUUGAUUAAGGAGCUAGCUAUAUAUCUUCUAAAGUUUGAUUUGGUUUAUGAUUAUCAUAAGUUUGAAGUUUAAAUUCAAGUUUAGUUUGUUUAAUUUUUAUAUGAAUAUGUAUGUGUGUUUUGGUCUAGACGAAUUUAUGUUGUGUGCUAUAGCCAGUUUGUUCCCCUUGUUGAAUGGGUUGAAACUAAAUAAUGGCUUUAAUUCGUCUUGUUUGUUGCUGAAUUUGUAUUGAUUAAUGAAUAAAAUUAGUUAUGCUUA